UGCCGGGAAAUGAAGGGUCCCUGAAGGAGAGGGGAGGCAGGUGCCGGGGGUAUUUGCGUCCCGUUCUAAAGCUCCGGCAGAUCGUAUCGGAGCCGGGGGAAUGGACAGACGGCGGAGAGCGACGGUGGCUCUCACACUCAAUUUCCUCUCCCUCCUCUUCUCCAUCACCGCCUUUAGCAGCAGCUACUGGUGCGAGGGAAUCCGAAAAGUUCCCAAACCCUUCUGCACGGGGAAAGCCGGAGAGAAGCCGGCGUUCUGCAUCCGCUUCAACAACACCGGCUCCAACGGCAGCAGCAGCAGCAACGCCGUCCAGUAUACGUGGGAAACGGGCGACGAUAAAUUCAUCGAGCGGCAUUUUCACGCCGGAAUCUGGUACUCGUGCGAGGAGAACAUCAGCGGAGACGGCGAAAAGUGUCGGAGUUUUAUCGCGCUGACGCCCCCCGCGGAUCGAGGUGUCCUAUGGCUGUCUAUCGUAGCCGAGGUGCUGUAUAUCACUUUGUUGCUGACCGGCGUAAGCCUCAUGUCGGUGGAAGUCUGCUACUACACAUCGGUCAUUGAUGGGUUAAAGCUGAAUGCGUUUGCAGCUAUUUUCACCGUGUUAUCAGGUCUGCUUGGCAUGGUCGCACACAUGAUGUACACCACCGUAUUCCAAAUGACGGUCAAUCUCGGUCCGGAAGACUGGAGACCUCAGAACUGGGACUACGGCUGGUCUUACUGCCUGGCGUGGGGCUCGUUCACCUGCUGCAUGGCCGCGUCGGUGACCACGAUCAACAGAUACACCAAGACCAUUUUAGAAUUCAAGCAAAGGAAACGGAACCUGGAGAGAAGUUUACAGAACAAACAAAAAGUUUCCGAUCAAGACGUUUCGCAGCCGGUGUGGGACGUUUAUAUCAACGCCGUUCAGAGUAACCGAGAAGGCUUCGUGGAUUUAGCCGUCACCGGACAAACGCCAUCGCCGUACGGCAACGCCAACAGCUUUCCAUACACGCAGCGCGACGAAUACUGCUAGGGUCUUUCAUUUAUAUGAUUUUAUUCUGCGAAUUAUAUACAUUUUUUAAAUAAAUUCUGAUAAAAGGCAUUGCUGU